ACAUCAUCGAAGCAACCAAGAAACCUGUAAGGGCCCCGAUUGACAGUGAUUGACACCCCGGGACCCACAUUUGACUCACCGCGGUGACAUGUCUUCUGCGCCAGGGCUUUGCUCGUUUUUCACACGCUCCAGCCAUUAUCGAGGGCAGGUUGACGCGUCGAAUCGCAAAUCCGGUCUCGGUAAGCAAUCUCAGUCGAACGGUUUGCUGUACGAGGGCCAAUGGCGGUGCGGUUUAAGACACGGGUACGGGGUGCUCUAUCGAAAGCUGAAGGAUACGGAGCUGUAUGCCAAAAUUUAUGCCGGGGACUGGGAGGGUGGAAAAAAGCACGGUCUCGGAGUGAAAUAUUACGAGCAUGGCAAGUAUCUGGGCUACUGGCAUCAGGACAACCGCAGCGGAUAUGGAUUUAUGUGGUUCGACACCGGAGACUUCUACAUGGGAGAAUGGUCGGGCGAUCGCUUUGACGGUUUAGGGGUCUUUCUCGAAAUUGGAGGGAAUCGAUAUUGCGGUCAGUUCCGCAGCGGAAUGAAACACGGAGAAGGCGUCUUCAUUCACUCGAAAACGGGACAGAUUCAAAGAGGUUUCUGGAUCGACGGCGUUUUUAAAACCGGCGAAAUUGAAGACUGGAACAGAAAUCAAGUCAUUCAACCAACAUUCUACCCCAUUCCGGAGAUCAAACUUGCAAAUUUCCCCGAAGUUUACCGAAAUUGGAUGGAAGAAUAUUCAAAAUCUUUCGCAGUUUGAAGCUCCUAGGCAGAGGAAUAGCUUUCAAGUAUAUUUAUGAAUAAAUUUCCCCAAAGCAAACAGACAACAGAACGCAAAUCCAAUUGAGAGGGUUCUUUCGGCACGUCCUUCCCGAAAGUGUGUGUCUGUAUCAGUUUGGGUGCGCGUGUUUCUCGCUUCAGUAGAUAAAUAUUGCGAGGGUGGAUUGUCAACAUUUAUCUGUGGUAUAACUUGCUUCCUGCUCUGGCACAUCGCCGACGAUAAACCGCACCGGGGAGGAAGUCCCAAGAUUGUUCUUUCGCUGGGACGUGGUCAAACGUUCCUUCAAGAUUUAUGGUUUGUGUAAUCACCCCGAACGUGCGGUUGCUUGGGGGUAUUCGUGUGCCAGCACUAUGGUUGAGCCACAGUUGCGAAUUUUGAGCCGGUAAACGUGAUGGAAGAUACAGGAAGGUAUGCCAGGGAAGUCACAUUCUAAUAUGCUCUACGUGUUUGUACUGCCCUGUACGGAUGAAUUUAUUGUCUUGCAUAUGUUUGACGUGCGACUCGAAUAAAAUAAACGUGGGAGCUAAAUAGCAAUAUUAGAAAUAAUGAAAAGGACAUGACAUUUGAUGAGGCUAUCAUGGCAGGAAGUUAUUUGCAAAA